UAUAUCAGAGCCUGCUAUCAGAGCAGCUGGAGGAGUCCUUUGCUGAAUGGCUGAGCUGUGUUUAUCCUGAAGUAAUCAGGGAUGUGGUUCUUCUUAUAGGAAAGUUGCUGUCGCUCCUACUCUCAAUCCAUUCUAGUGCCACUCUCUCAGGAAACAGCAUCGAUCCUUCGCUUCCCAUGCAGAAAAUGAUGGAGAAUGAAGCCUUCGUGUCUUUCAUAUUCUUUGGCACCCUUUUGGUCAUAAAGAUGUAUGCUGUAGCCGUCAUAACAGGGCAAGUGAGGCUUCGCAAAAAGGCAUUUGCCAAUCCGGAGGAUGCUCUGAGGCACGGAGGGUUGCAAUACCACAGGGAAGACCCUGAUGUGGAGCGAUGCCGCAGGGCUCAUCUCAACGACAUGGAGAACAUUUACCCCUUUCUCUUCCUCGGUGCGAUCUACUCCCUUCUGGACCCCAACCCAACUGUGGCCCGGAUCCACUUCUUGAUCUUCUUCUUUGGCCGGAUUGUCCACACCUUGGCCUACCUUCUGAAACUCAGGGCUCCCACGCGCUCAGUGGCCUACAGCGUGGCCCAACUUCCCUGCGUCUCUAUGGCCCUACAGAUCCUCUUUGCAGCCAUCAAGUCCUGGUGAUUGCUUUGAUCUGAGACUUGAAAGGGGUGAGAAACGAGAUGGACAAGUGGCUUUCUUUGUGAGAGGUGGAUAAAGCUCUUCCUUUUCCUUGCUGUGGUCUGGUGAUGUGCAUUUCAACCUCAACCACUGCAUCUCUUUGCCAGGAUGGACUCUCAGUCAUGUCAUCUUCAGACUGGACAGUUUGCUUGGCGAUCUCUCCUAGGAGGGGAGGCACCUUUCUGUUGCUGAUGGGCAUGUGGUGCAGAGGUUCAGGUCCACAAAAUGAUAAAUAAAAACACUUAUUGCAGUAAAGAAUAUCUCACUA